GUAUCAGUUCAGGCCGUGUUGGAAGGCAGCGCGGCAAAGAUCCGUCCUCAUCAUCAACAACAUCUAUCACCUAGUAGCUAGCUAGCAUCCUAUCUUCUUCAGUCAGUGGGAUGCCCUUUUCUUUUGCACCCAUACCAUCUGCUUGUUCUCACCUUCCCUCUUGGAAAAGUAUAUAGAAUCCUGACUUGUCUUGUUCUGAAUUCUGAUGUGUCUGUUUCUGUAAUCUAGUUCACAACUUGGCAUCCAUCUAGAUUAGAUUUAACCUGACCCAUCCAUCAGACGAUGCUCUUCAGAGAUGACCAUCACCUGGGUGGCUUCAGGCAUGCAUCCAAAAUCCCCUUUCAGUUUGCUUGGAUGUUGCAAUGUACUAUGGUUCAGAACUGCAAAUGAAGGAUUUUGUCUGCAAUUGCCGUCGAUUUUGCAGCCUCACUUUCAUAGAGUUGAUGUACGCAUUGCGUUGGUCACCAAUCUGAUAUGAAAUGCAUGCUGGCUUGGCAUCCACCCACUGUCCAGCAAAAUAUGCACCAUUGUCCGCUCUUUGGAGCAGAUGUCCCUUCACAAAUCUCUGGUUCGGGCGGGCGGGGCUGUACAGGGCGUUCAUGUUCAGCAGCCCGACGAUCAUGGUGACCACGCCGGACGCGUGCAAGCAGGUGCUCAUGGACGACGACACCUUCGUCACCGGCUGGCCCAAGGCCACCAUCGCGCUCAUCGGGCCCAAGUCCUUCAUCAGCAUGGGCUACGACGAGCACCGCCGGCUGCGCAAGCUCACCGCGGCGCCCAUCAACGGCUUCGACGCGCUCACCUCCUACCUGGCCUUCAUCGACCACACCGUGGUCACCACGCUCCGGGGCUGGUCCGAGCGGGGCGACGACUUCGAGUUCCUCACGGAGCUGCGCCGGAUGACGUUCCGGAUCAUCGUGCAGAUCUUCAUGGGCGGCGCCGACGAGCGCACGGCGGCCGAGCUGGAGAGCACCUACACGGAGCUCAACUACGGCAUGCGCGCCAUGGCCAUCGACCUGCCGGGGUUCGCCUACCACAAGGCCAUCCGCGCGCGCCGCAGGCUCGUGGCGGCGCUGCAGCGUGUGCUGGACGAGCGCCGGGCCAGGGGGGCGAAGACCGCCGGGGUGGACAUGAUGGACCGGCUGAUCGCCGCGGAGGACGAGGGCGGGCGGCGGCUGCAGGACGACGAGAUCAUCGACGUGCUCGUCAUGUACCUCAACGCCGGCCACGAGUCCUCCGGCCACAUCACCAUGUGGGCCACCGUCUUCCUGCAGGAGAACCCCGAAAUCCUCGCCAAGGCCAAGGCGGAGCAGGAGGCGAUCAUGAGGAGCAUUCCCCCGGGACAGAAGGGGCUCACCCUCAGGGACUUCAGGAAGAUGGAGUACCUCUCACAGGUGGUCGACGAGACGCUCCGGUUCGUCAACAUCUCCUUCGUGUCGUUCCGCCAGGCGACCCGCGACGUCUCCGUCAACGGUUAUCUGAUACCCAAGGGGUGGAAGGUUCAGCUGUGGUACAGGAGCGUGCACAUGGACCCUCAGGUGUACCCUGACCCCAAGAAGUUCGACCCUUCAAGAUGGGAGGGCCCGCCGCCAAGGGCCGGGACGUUCCUUCCGUUCGGGCUCGGCACGAGGCUGUGCCCGGGCAACGAUCUCGCCAAGCUCGAGAUCUCUGUCUUCCUCCACCAUUUCCUCCUUGGCUACAAGCUGACAAGGAAAAACCCAAAUUGCCGGGUGAGGUACCUGCCGCACCCCCGGCCGGUGGACAACUGCCUGGCCAGGAUCACCAGAGUCUCCACCUCCCAUUGACGAUGAUGAAAACAGAGAAUCCAAAACCCUAGACGGCGUCACCCGGAAACACCAAAUUUAGGAGAACUCAUUUGUCCAAAUAAAUAAAGAAAUAAAUCGUGAGGGGCUGUUGCCGCAGAUGAGUUACAGUUGUCGUCAUUCCUUGUUUUUAGCUCUAUCCUAGGACUCAAAAAUGUUAUGCUGAAAAAGACAUUUGUGUCAAAACAGAAAUAUCAAUAGUGUUGACGCCGAAUUAAUUUGCGCUGAAA